AUGGCUUCGUCCACUCCAUCCAGCCCGCUCCUGCGUCUACCAAAAGAACUGCGUUAUGAAAUCUACGACCUCCUCUGUCGCCAGGAACCCAAAAGCUUCCCGUUUCCAGUCCCACAAUCGAUGCUAAUCUCCUUUAUCGACCAAAGAGCCCCACCAACAGAUCUAUCUAUGACAUGUCGCUUCCUCUGCGACGAAACCCGCUCCUACUUCUAUUCAAAAGUCACCUUGGCCUUCCAUUCGACGUCCCGCGAGCGCAGUUUCCCCCUGAACGAAACAAUGGACCCAAUCAUACUCCGCGCCAUCCAGAACGUGAGGAAGAUCCGCAUAAGGGUGAAUUGGAGUCACCUCCAUGAAAGCAAUAUAAUCCGUAAAGACAAAGUGCCGUAUCAGACGAUCGGGUGGCUUGCAGAUCUAGUCGACUUGCUCCUGAGAGAGGCGGAGAUGUUGGAGGUUGUCACGCUGUGUGUAUACAGCGAGAUGUCGAGUGCGGUGGGUUGGGAGCUGAAGGCAUGGAUACUGAAGCCGCUGGAGAGGCUUGCUGGGAGGGUAAGGUGGAGGCUGGGUGAUGUUAUGGCUACACAGGAAGAUGAGGCUGCGUUGAAAGAACAGCUUAUUGCAUACUUGGAAGAGCUAAACGGGGGUGCGGCGCUGGUCGUAGAGCCAGACCGAGACCCUCAGCCGGUAGAUAGCUGCUGCACGUCAUGA